AUGUCUUUGACUGGCACACGUCCAUAUGUGUGCUUCACGUGUCGAAAGACAGCGUUAUAUUUCCUCCGAAGAAGUCCAACUCGCAGACUCACAACGACCUCUGUUCCAUCAUUGCCCCCGCCGAAGGCCUUCGCUCCGCUCUCAUCCCGCCGCCUAAUUCUGCUGAAUGGCCAAGAUGCCUCAAAAUAUUUACAGGGGCUGAUAUCGGCGAACGUGACAUUCGCUAGGCAAGAGGCCCAGCAAGGCUUCUAUACAGCCUUUCUGAAUGCACAAGGGCGAGUUCUGCACGAUGUCUUCGUACGUCCCAUCUCAAGUUUAGCUUCAUGGAGAGGUGGUCCGUCGAGUGUGAACGAUGGAGGAUACCUGGUCGAGGUCGAUGCAAAAGAGGUGGAUACACUCUAUAAGCACCUGAAAAGGUACAAAUUGAGAGCGAAGAUCGGACUACGGAUAAUCGACGAGGACGACUUGAAGCCUUGGGCUGUCUGGGGACACGUCCUACGAGAGUCAAAUGAUUUGACAUUGCUCGAUCGCCGAUUGCCGAAUCUCUUUAUGGGCUACCGCACAUACCAGCCAGACAACUCACGACCCAAUAUUGAGGCAGACCAAGUCCCCUUUGAAUCCUACGAGCUGCGACGCAUGCUCAAUGGUGUCCCUGAAGGUCAGACCGAGAUACCCAAAGGGACUGCCCUUCCACAAGAGAGUAACAUCGACUACAUGGGGGGCAUAGAUUUCCGAAAAGGUUGCUAUGUGGGUCAAGAAUUGACGAUUCGCACACAUCAUACCGGGGUUGUGAGGAAGCGCAUACUCCCUGUUCAAUUGUACAGUGUUUCUGAUGGAGCUCCGGGUGACUUGUUAUAUAAGCACGAAACUAGUGUAGAUUUGCCCCCGAGCGGAACGAACAUCAGCCGAGCUGACAAGAAAGGGAGGAACGCAGGGAAGUUCUUGGGUGGGAUCGGGAAUAUUGGAUUGGCGCUUUGCAGGCUGGAGAUCAUGACGGAUACGACGUUGACGGGAGAGGGUAGUCAGUGGGAUGCGAAAGAUGAUUUCAAAAUUACACGGGACAGCGGAGAUGGUGAUGUGGGGAGGGAAAUCAGAGUCAAGGCUUUUGUGCCUCGGUGGCACGAGGAGAGAGCAGAAGCACAAAGAGUGCAGAGACCGAAUGGCUGA